AAUCCAACAUCAUAUUCUCAGACGUAUUUAUAGUUAUCCCCACUGUGGUCGCCAUCUUUCUUACUCCACCCGCUCUCUUCCCCAUCCAACUGGGUUAGGGUUAGUUAUUAGAAUUAGAAUUAGAAUUAGGGUUAGGGUUAGGUUUCCUCUCCGGCGUAAUGUGACACUUCCAAAACCCCAAAUUCUAUCCUCCCACCAACACAAUGUAUGAUCCCUUGAACCAGAUCGUCCCCGCCGAAGACAACGACGGCGACGCCUCCGACCAACACAUCCAUUACAGCUCCCACACCAUAGAAGACGUUGGUGCCGUCGUCGAACACGUUUCCGCCGACUCCCUCUACGUUCCACCCCCUGAAAUCUCUAUCCAGGAUUCUAGCCAGCUCACGCUCUCGUUUCGGGGCCAAGUCUAUGUCUUCGAUGCCGUCACACCUGAUAAGGUCCAAGCAGUAUUGUUGCUCUUGGGAGGCAGUGAACUAACUUCGGGCUCGCAAUGUGCGGAGGAACUAUCCCCUCAAAAUCAUGCGGGUGUAGCAGAAUUUCCUGCAAGGUGCAGUCUACCACAGCGAGUGGCAUCGUUGAAUAGAUUCCGUCAGAAGAGGAAAGAGCGGUGCUUCGAUAAGAAAGUUAGAUAUAGUGUACGACAAGAAGUUGCACUCAGGAUGCAUCGUAACAAGGGUCAAUUUACUUCAUCUAAGAAACAAGAUGGAGCUAAUAGUUGGGGUUCAGACCAAGAGUCAGGACAGGAGGCUGUUCAAUCUGAAACCUCUUGUACACAUUGUGGAACAAGUUCAAAAUCCACUCCAAUGAUGCGAAGGGGGCCCUCUGGUCCAAGGUCACUUUGCAAUGCUUGCGGGCUUUUUUGGGCAAACAGGGGCACUUUGAGGGAUCUUUCUAAGAGAAACCAUGAACUCUCUAUUGUGCCACUUGAGCAGGUUGAUGUGGGUAAUAAGAAUGGCUUGGACUGUCGGAGCAAUAUCCCUGCACAACAUGAGAAUCAUGUUAAUGAUAACAAAGCUUUGGUAUCUGAUCGUUGAGUUUUUCACUCACAAGUAAAUGCAAGUCUUUUACUGUGACAUUCGCAGGUUUAUAGUAGUCCCAUUCAGUUUGACCUAUAGAAUGUACAGUAUAUAGAAAAGCUCUCAUCAAUACAAGAGGUCUAUUCCUACACUCGGAUCGGUUGCAUCUACUGUUUAUGUAUGAAUGUACAAACUGGACUCGGAAAUUAUUUUAUCUCGUACAAGAGGUCUAUUUUUAUACUCUCAUAUCAGUUGCAUUAACUGUUUAUUUAUGAAUGUAUAAAACUGGGAUUUUAAAUGA